AAAUAUUUGAUGAAAAAGCAUGGAAGUUCAGCUAACCAGCAAGACCAAAAGGAUAGCAAUCAAGACUGUGAUAAACAAGACUCUCAUCAUAGUUUCCUUGAAGAAUUUAAGCCUGACGGUCAUGCCAAAACUAAAAAUUUUGAGUUCACCAGGUUAUACUCACCAACUUUUGGCUAUCAACAUAAGCUUUUUGAAUUUGAUGACCAGAAUGUUCAAAAUAAUGAAAUUUGAAGAGCAAAAGAACUAAAUCAUCACAGUUUUGGCAUUCAGCCAAAACAGCCAAAGCACCAAGAGAAAAAUGAUGCUGAGGGUAUAAAUUUCACCUUCUCAGAGCCUGAGAGCCCUGCAGGAUUUCUCAACAUCCAGCAUUCUCCACUACCCAAUAGGCUAAACGAUCUGUAUGCCGAUCAGUGGGUUAGUCCUGACCGAAAGAUGCUCCAAGAAUCGUCUGAUUCUUUGCCAAUAUUUCAUUUUGCUAAAAAGUCGGAAAUUGAUAAGAAGCAGGUGAAGAAAAAUACCAAAACAAGCCUCGAUUCUUCAAACAAAAAUAGGAGAGAAGAAAAGAAAGAGAAAGAGAAGGAUUUUUAUUCAACAGAUAUAGAAAGCAAGAUUAAUAAAAAACGAACGGCUAAAGAGAUGCACAAAUCAAGCCACAAGAAAGCCAAAAUGAGAAGAAGCUUAAGAAGUAAUAGGAAGAAAAUUGACUAUAUGUGUGAGAGAGGAGGGUGAGAUUGACAGAGGAAUAGGUGAAUACAGAGGUAUUGUGACUGAUUUGCAGCAGGGAAGGUGUGAGAUGAGUUAUGAACGUGUAAAGAGUGAAGGAAUUUGGCUGAGAAUGAGGAUUUGGAAGGGUUUAGAGAGGAGAUUAUUCAGAAAGAGCCUGAUGCAUUUGUUCCGAAGUUUUAUACUUCUUCAGUGUCUGUACAUGUAGAGUCGUCAAGUUCCAGAUUUACUGAGAAGCAUCCGGAAAAUAGAUCAGAUUUUGUCAUAGGAAUGGAAAAAGUACAUAGGAAAGGAUGUAGAUGUAAAAACUCAAAUUGCAAAUUAAACUAUUGUGAAUGCAAGAAGAAUGGAGCCAAGUGAACCUUACAAUGUCAGUGUCUCAACUGCAACAACGGGAAGCUCUAGGAU